AUGGGCAUCUGUGGCGGCGGCGGCUUCCUUGUCAGCGCCGCAAAGAUCGAUUCACGUAUUGCGGCUUUGGCGACGGCGUCGAUGUAUAGCAUGGGUGCCGUCACUCGCAACGGUCUGAGACACUCCCAGGAUCUGGCUCAACGCAAACAACUCAUUGCGAAUGCCGCUGAGCAGCGCUGGAUCGAGGCCGAAGGUGGCCAAGCUCUCUAUAGCGACGGCGCUGCCAAUGAGAUCACAUCCGAGUCGACUGCGGUCGAUGUCGAGUUCCAAGACUACUACCGCACCUCGUUUGGAAGAGUCACACCUCCUGGCGCCCAACCGAAUGCCACCUCGCAUCGGAUUACUUCGAGCAAUACGCGUUUCAUGAACUUUUACCCGUUCAGUGACAUCGACACCAUUUCGCCGCGCCCUGUGCUGUUCGUCACUGGAGAUCAGGCACAUUCGAGGGAGUUUAGUGAAGAUGCGUAUGCCCGUGCCGCAGAGCCAAAGGAGAUCAUCCGGGUGCCUGGAGCUGGCCAUGUUGAUCUCUACGAUCGCGUGGAUUUGAUUACAUUUGCUGAGUCAACGCAGUCCUUCCGGACGAACCUUGUGGGGCCUGCCAGCAACGAGACUGUGGCGAGGAAGGCUUGA